AUGGUAACUCGGUUAAAGGAUGGGAUUCGUAAACCAAAUCCACGAUUUGCUCUGCUAUCUCACAAAGUUGCUUACCCGGAACCCAAGACUGUCGCAGAAGCACUGAAACAUCCAGGCUGGACUAGUGCAAUGGGAGAAGAAAUAACGAACUGCAAAGCUGCCAACACCUGGUCUUUAACUCCUCCUACGCCUGACAUGAAUGUGUUAGGUAGCAAAUGGGUGUUUAGACCUAAGCUUAAUGCUGAUGGUUCACUACAAAAGCUUAUAGCUAGACUAGUAGCACAGGGAUAUAAUCAAGAAGGGAUUGAUUACCUGGAGACUUAUAGUCCUGUUGUCAAAACAGCUAUGGUUCGAGCUGUUCUUGAUUUGGCAACUAAGAUGCAGUAG